AUGUCGAAAUUUCAAUUGAAAGUUGCCAAAUACUACCGACUCUCCGAGAAAUCCGCAUCGGAGACCGAAAAUGUCUCGAUCUUCGUCGACACUUCAACUCGUCGAUUGUCAGUUUUCACUCGGCAAAUCGAACGAGAACGCGUGACAAUGACCACCGACUCGAAACAGAGUCCAAGCAUGAUGUUCCGCGACAAUUACCUCUACAUUCUGUACAGCAACGGUUCGAACGAGGGAUUUCGUGUGACUUUUCGAAAAGAGGAAAGAGACGAAUUUCUGAAAAUUGCUCAUUCAAUCGGCAUUUUUCAAGAAAUUCCGAUCGAUCGGCCACCAGAGGGAUCUUCGCAGUUCUCUCAAGAAUCGACUCGUGGCAGUGGCGGGAUCGAGAGUCAAGGGCCAUCGCACCGCCCGCCAAGCUUCACACAACAACCCACUCCAUCACCUCACAUGGUCCCCAACAUCCGUCGAGACACCACCCACGUACUUCGCCGAAGUUCAAAUUUCGCGCCAUUCCAAAGUCAUGGCACCUCGUUUUCGCAGCCAAUCCAUUUUUCGUACAACCCGGAUCCACAUUCGAGGAAUUCGUUCCAGAGAAACGAGCACGAAUUCGGAGAAUCCGUGGCGAGAAAGUCUGGAAGAAUCGGAAAAAAAGACGAGAAGCGUAAGGUGGACAAAGCGAUACAAACGGAUGAUCUGAUCGAUUCGCUAAUGGAGGAUGAGGAAUUCACAGCGAAAGCCAUCGAAACGUUCAUGAAUAAUGAGCAAUUCGUUGAGGUCGUCAAAAAGAUGAGAACUCGUUUGGAGAACAUGGAUACGGUCGAGCGGCAACGAUUGCACUGGAAAACGAAUCCAGACUACAAUAACCAAGGAAUGCCGCCUCCAGUGAUCCGUUUGCCAACCUCUGAAAUGGAAUAA